AAAAAAAAUUUUAAUUUGCAAAAUAUAAUUUUCAUAUAAAAUAAUAUUUACAAAAUGUAUGUACGACGCGGUGAAUGUGUUCGUCAAACAUACUACUUUAUUUUUACUGGUUGUUAACUUCGUUAAUCUUCGUUACGCCUUCCAUUACUGAAAUAUCUCCGCGUGGGCAGACUGACAUGGAGCACUAGCCACACAAUGAGUGAGGCAAUAAAAGCCAGUAAGAAUAGACCCGCGCGCUUCUCCGAGCCAUCUCGAGUAUUUACCUCCCACGUACAAAAUAUAAAGGAGGAUGUAGUACGUGUGAAAGCACAACAUUGUUCCACAUUUCCUACCGAUCAAGUGCCUCAGCCUGUUCCGAGGGACACAAUCGUUUUAACAAGAAUGGCAGCUCCGACUGAUUUCCGUGGCGCCGCCUGCCUGCCUCAGAGCGCACCCACAGUACAAGCACAAGUUAAUAGCACAGGAUGUGUAAUCACCUGUGAUGACUGUACUCAAGCAACCUUCUAUCAAUAUCAACGUGGGCCAAUGUGCCCCGUGGACCCCCGGGGGGAUCGAGCUGGCCCCCUUGUGGCCCUACAGCCCCUGUCUGUGAUACCCAGCUCAAGUUGCCCCGCCUCCGCCCGUCCACUAUUAACCUCAAACCAAAUUGACAGUAUGUCAUCUCUCACACCCUUGACUACCUUUAAAACACUAUUAAAUCCCAUUUUUAGCAUCACUGCCACCUCUUCAUUUGUUUCAGUAUAUUCGUUCUCUGUGACUUCAUCCAAAUCAAAUCAACAAUCCUUUUCUGAUAUUCCUAUAAAUCCUGUUAUCCUUUUCGGCGGCAGCUCUAUUCUUAAGUCUAAUAAUAAGAUGCAAUCUGUGAACGUUAAUUGUAGUUUAGCGGUAAAUAAAUAUAAGGGUAAUAAAAAUAAUUUCUCGAGCGAAACUGCUGUUACCGAACCAAAUACUACUGAACCACAACGUAAUAUAAUUGUAGAAGCGGCUGAAGUCGACGUAACUAGCACAGGAAUAGACAACGUCGUCACACAGCCAAACAAUAAUUCUUAUAAUAGUGUUAAGUUGUUAGAAUUAGUUAAUGUUAAAAACGUUAAUAAUAAUGGUGCUUUAAACCUGUUCCCGAAUGAUGAUGAUCAAUAUAAAGCAAAUCAACUAUAUAUUCCUGAUAUAGACAUUCCCGUCGUAUUAUUAUUGCCAAUUGUCCAGGGUAACAAGUACAGUAAUUACUACCCACCCAAAUGUAGCUUUAAAAACAAUACAAAAAAACUGUUUGAGAUUGAUGAAUACGCUUCGAAUUUCGCUGAGUCUGAGAGUAAAUCAGGGAUACAUCAACAACACACCAUUACUUCCAACGAUAUACAGAGCAAUACUUGCGAGAACCACAACGAUUUUAUCUACAUGACGACUAAGCAUACCAUAAAUACUACAAUGAGUAUUAACAAUGCAAUAAACAAUAAUUUAAUUAAAAAUACCAAUACCAAUGUUGUGGCUUCAUUCAAAGCUGCUAAACACCGUCACCAUGACCAAUAUUAUACGUUUAGUCAAUUGAUUGAGCAACAGAAUGAAGCACAAACCAGGGAGAAACAAUGGAUACGCUUACAUGGAAAUGGAAGACGAUUACGUUUAUGUGGUGGUGGAGAAAGUUCAUUGAAUACAGGUACAUCCGGUUGGGGUACACCACCAGCAACUAAUUCAAAUAAUAAUAAUGCAAAUAAUUCAACUGGUUGGGGAAGUACUCCUGCUGCACAAAAUCCAAAUAAUCAAAAUAAUUGGAAUAACAAUUCAACUCGUAAUAAUACCACUGGACCAGGACAAGGUCCACCUAAUUCACAAGACUCAUCAAAUACAAACAAAACCGGAAAUUCAAACGCAAAUCCAUCACAAAAUGCGAAUCCAAAUCAACCACCGACAUCUAACACGGCUGGUAAUCAAGGAUGGAAUCAAAAUAAUGCAAAUAAAACCUCUACUAAUGCCGGACCAAAUCCUACAGGUCCAUCAAAUCCGACAAAUACAGUAGCUCCAACUACAACUUCAACUAAACAACAAUUGGAACAAUUGAAUUCUAUGCGUGAAGCGUUGUUUAGUCAAGAUGGUUGGGGUGGUCAACACGUUAAUCAAGAUACAAACUGGGAUAUACCAUCAUCUCCAGAACCUGGUCAAAAAGAGGGACCAGGUGGUGCACCUAUUUGGAAACCACCUGUAAAUAAUGGUACAGAACUAUGGGAAGCUAAUUUACGUAAUGGUGGCCAACCUCCAGCACAACCAGUACAAAAAACGCCAUGGGGUCAUACACCAACCACAAAUAUAGGAGGAACAUGGGGUGAAGAAGAUGAUGUUAGCGAUUCCUCAAAUGUAUGGACUGGUGUUCCGAAUAAUCCACAACAAUGGGGUGCUCAAGGGCAAAAUAAUAGUAAUGCCAUGUGGGGUGGCCCUAAAAAGGAAAAUGAUUGGGGAAAUAAUGGUACCGGUAAUAACUCUGGAUGGGGUGAUCCUAGAGCUGAUCCACGUGCUGCAGCUAUGGAUCCACGUGAAGCAGCAAUGCGACCAACAUCAAUAGAUCCCCGAAAUUCUGGAACUGGUGCUGCUGAUCCAAGAGAAUCUAUGAGAAUGAUUGGCGGUGAUCCAAUGAGAGAUGGCAUGCGUGAUCCUCGUGAUUUACGUGGUAUUCCAGAUAUGCGUGGAGAUCCACGUGGCAUUUCUGGUCGUUUGAACGGUGAAGGUAUGUGGGGAGCGCCUCCACAUCCUCCUCAUCAAAUGAGCCAUCAUCAACCUCCUGGAAAAAUGGUUGGACCUGCACCAAAUGGUGUAAAUCAAUGGUCAGGACCGCCACCCAAAGAAAUAGGGAUGACUAAUAAACAAUCUGGUUGGGAAGAACCAUCACCUCCAUCUCAGAGACGAACAAUGCCAAACUUUGAUGAUGGAACAUCGUUGUGGGGAAACCCAACUCAACAACCAAAUCGUAUGCCUGCCUCAGGCAAACUAUCUCAUUGGACAGACUUACCUUCAGGAGGACCAAUGGGUAACCGUGGUGGAAAUGCUUGUCCACCAGGAAUGGUUGGCAGUAAUCGUAAACCACCAACCGACGGGUCACUGUGGGGUCGUAACGGUUCAUGGGGUGAUGAUGCACAACAACAUUGGAGUGAAGAAGCAUGGAAUACAAAACCAAAAGCUCCACCUGUUGCAUGGGAUUCAGAAAUCGAUUGGAAUAAACCAGGACCAAAACUUACCAAAGAACAUGUAUGGAAUAGUAAACAAUUCCGUCAUCUUGUAGAAAUGGGUUACAAAAAAGAAGAUGCAGAAAAUGCAUUACGCUUAAGAGAUAUGAACUUAGAUGAUGCACUAGAUAUUUUAAGUCCAUUACGUCCGUCUGUUGAUACCUGGCGUAACAGUACUGGUGGAUCAGCCAGUGCAGUUGGAGGACGACAUGAUGAACAUGGAUAUGACCAUGCUAAUGCAGGGCCUUAUGGACAACGAUUUGGGCCUGGCGGGCCAGGUCAAAUACAAUUUCCUCCUGGUGGAAAUGCACCUAAUUUAAUCAACAAUAUGAGUGGAAGUGGUGGAAAUCCAUCAAUACCAUCCAUUAAUAACAUGUCUCCUGCAGUUGUCCAGAAAAUAUUACAAGCAAGUGGAGGUGCAAAUGCUGGAUCUGCAGCGGUUACUAAUAUACCUGGUUAUGGUGCAACAGGUUCACAAGCACGAUCACAACCACCACCAGCACAAUCUCAACCAAGUACUCAACAAUUACGUAUGCUUGUACAACAAAUUCAAAUGGCUGUUCAAGCUGGUUAUUUAAAUCACCAGAUUCUAAAUCAACCAUUAGCUCCACAAACAUUAAUUUUAUUAAAUCAAUUAUUGCAACAUAUUAAAUUGUUACAAUCAUUGAUGAAUCAACAUAGCGUCUUUCAAUCACAAAGUUCAUUAGGAAAACCCAAUUCUCAAGCAAUACUGCAAGUUACCGUUAAUAUCACUAAAACAAAACAACAAAUUACUAAUUUACAGAAUCAAAUUGCUGCCAAUCAAGCAUUGUAUGUAAAACAAAUGGGAGGAGGCGGUGGUGGAGCUGGUCAAGAUUUCUUCAAGACCAACAUGCAUGAUCCAAUAUCAGCUUUACAAGGAAAUUUCUCUGAUUUGUCAUUAAACAAAGAACCACCGACUUCAUACGCCCAAUCAUCCCAAUCACGAUUACAACAAUGGAUUAAACCUGAAAAAGAAGAUACCACUGGUGAAUUUAGUCGUGCACCAGGCUCUAUUGCAAAACCGCCAGUAGCUCAUUCGUCACCAUCAAUGAAUCUUGGUCUUGGUCAAAGUGAUGGACCGUGGUCUACUGGUCGCUCAAAUGAUACUGGUGGAUGGCCUGAUUCAGGAACUGAUGGUCCUGACGGUGCUGGAAAAGAUGCAUGGCCUUCGGCUCAAGCAUCACCUGCUACAUUCUUAGAUGUAGUUCCAGAAUUUGAACCUGGAAAACCAUGGAAGGGCAAUCAGAUGAAGAGUAUUGAAGAUGAUCCAACCAUUACUCCGGGAAGCGUUGUACGUUCACCAUUAUCAUUGGCUACAAUCAAGGAUACUGAAAUAUUCAGUGCUCAACCUCCAUCUACCGUUCCAUCAAAAGCAUCGCCUCCUGUUGAACCAUUAAGCAUCUCUUCUUCUACAUGGAGUUUCAACCCAAUCUCAACUACUUCAUUUACCAGUCCUUUAAAUAAAAUUGGAGCUACAAAGGGUACUUGGGGUGAUAUUACACCUCAGCCAACGGCCAAUGCAAACGAAUUAUGGGGUGCACCAGCAAUGGGAAAACGUGGUCCACCACCUGGCCUUGUUAAAGGUGGAAUUGGUGGAUCAAAUGCUACCACAAAUGGUUGGAGUGGAAUUGGUGGUGCUCGAUCAGCCGCCUCGGGCGCUUGGGGCUCUGCAAAUUGGGGAUCUUCAUGGCUUCUUUUAAGAAAUCUUACUGCACAGAUUGACGGCUCUACACUACAAACAUUAUGCAAACAGCAUGGACCUUUACAAAGCUUCCAUCUUUAUUCUAAUCAUGGAUUUGCACUUGCAAAAUAUUCAUCUCGGGAAGAAGCUAUCAAGGCGCAAACUGCAUUAAACAAUUGUGUAUUGGGUAACACAACAAUUCUUGCCGAAUCUCCCGGCGACAGCGAUGUCAACACAUUAAUGCAAAAUUUAGCACAACAAAGUGGAUCUAGUGGUGCUGGAUGGCGUGGUGGUGGUGGUGGAACAAAAGGUGCUCCCGGUGCCAAUCUAAAUGCUGGCACCGAUACAUGGGGUAACGCAUGUUGGCCACCAAAUCCAACCCCAACAGCUAGUUUAUGGGGGGCACCUCCAUCCACCAUGGACAGCGAUACUCAACGAGCCACACCAUCAAGUCUAAAUUCAUACCUACCAGGAGAUUUGUUGGGUGAUAAUUAGCAGCUCAAUUCAAGACUCUUCUCCAUUUCAUAGCAUAUUAAUUUAAAAAAAUGACAUGACAUGCGUAUUACAAAUAUAUACGACAGUUAAAUGGUUGUGGCUAGAAAACACUCCGAUGCGUUUGCACGUUUUUUUAAAAACGGACGCACUCUUUGUUAAUUUACCAUCCGCAUACAUUGAUAACCUUGUCUUUUUCUUACAGAAAAGUACACAAAGAAUGUUAAAUUUACAAAGAGCUCGUUCUCACGGAGUAUUAGAUAAUCACCACGACCCUUAUUUCAAAAUAACAUCACACAUAUAAAUAUUAUUUAUCUCACAUUGCAUUUCUACUUAUUUUAUGAUGAUAUAAAUGUACUUUGCAUAUCACUUCGUGUGUACUGUUACGAUACUAGUCAAGUUUUGUUCUUCAAAAUAUUUGAAAGGGAAAUUUUACUAUCUUUGUUUUUUUUUUCUUUAAUUAUUAUUAUUAUUAUUAUUUAAAUAUUAUUGUAUAUUUUGAUAGGGAAAUGUGUGAUAAUUAAUUAUGUGACGAACAUUUAUCUUAGCUACAUCACUUUUAAAAACAGGUGAUGGAAUAUGCAAGUGUUGCUAGUGAUGUCGUGUGUGUUGAUUCUUUGACGUAUUUUAUAUUCUAGGGCGAUAUAUGACAUUCUAAACCACUUUUUUAACUAUAUUCUGUACUGCAAAAUUUCGAAAACAAUUUAGGAAUGAACGAUAUAUAUUAAUUCAUAUAAAUCUUGUGACUGAACGGUGCAUUCAAUGCUCGUGAUGAUUUUUUCCAGCUCUCUCUGCCUUAGUAUCAAUUAUGUUCAAGGUAAUCUUUAUUGUCAAACGUAUCAUGAAUUUGGGAAAAUUAGCUGUAAUAAAAUUGAUUUCUACAUUGCAAUGAAUUCAAUGCAAUGUAGUCGCCUUCGUUUCCGUACUUCGAAUAUUCUAAAAUGUACAGAAUUAACCAUUAUUAAUCAUUUAUGACUAAAAUAAAUAAGCGUUUCCAAUUAAGACGCGAGUGUUUCAUGCCGACAAUAAAUGGGAAAAUAUCGAAAAUUUUAUUAUUCUUAUGGUCAAUUGUUGGAUUUAAAUUUUCUUAGUUCCUAAUUGUUGAUUUUAAUAUGCGUAAAAAACAAUAUGUGUUAAUCAAGGAAUGUUCAUGUAUCGCUCAGAUUAUUAUCCAAGUUCAAAUAUAAUUGAUUCUAUUAUUCAGAUAAACGUUGUUAAUUUUAUAUCAUGAAUCAUUCCAUGAUUUUAGAAAGUUGCAUCAACGUACAUAUAUGAUCACGAAUUUACUGAUGGAUGCGCACAGACUUAAUUAAAAUGAGUUCAAUGUGUAUUUAUUUGAAAUAUACGUAUUUUAUUUAUUCAGAACACAUUGUCUAAAACAACUUUCUAAGAAUUAAUAACAUCGGCUUGAUAAUAGAAACUUUUCUUAAAACAGUAGCAAUCAGUACUUCAGUUCAAAUUUUUUUUUAACAAGUUCAAAAUGUGAUGAUUAAGUGCUUCUGUUAUGCACUUAUUUAUUUGACUGAUACUUUCUGCUAUGACUGACAAUUGAGAUUUGUACAGGUGUGUCCAGAAUUGAAACUUCAUAAAUAUAUUUCAGUUGGAAAAAAAAUUUUUAAA